UAAAAAUGCUCUAUGCUUUGAAAGGCUUUGAAAUAGUGUGAUUUGGAAAAAAUGAGCCUUUCUCACAAUUACUAUAAUCAGGAAAAAUAGGAAGAUGGAAUACAAAUAAGCAAGAGCAGCCAUUUCCCAGUUCGACAGUUCCUAAAGCUGUCUUCAUUUCAGGGUGACAAUUCCGAUUUUAACCUAAUUAAGCAUUAGAGAGAACCAGUGUCCUAAGAGAUAAGCCUGAAGGUUUCUGGAAGUCCCAGGCUGCUCAUUACCUCCCAGGCACUGCCAGGGAGCUGCAGUCUGGGACUUCUGGAAGGUGCCAUGGAUGCCCAGAAGGAGGCUCUGCUGUGCAGCGCCAGCCCGUAGGUGUACCACCUUAAGCCACAUUUCAGCCUGGUUACUGUGGAAUUGAUUUUCACGGCUCAUGACAGAAGCUGUUUUCAGCCCUUGAAAAGGAAGUGGCUGGGCCUGAUACUCCUCACACAAACAGCAAAUUGCUCCAUGGCUUUCAUAGCAUUCGAGGUCUGUUACCUUAAGGUUCUAAUGGCCUUUUAACAGUGUUUCCAGCUGAGCAGCAGAUGUAAAGGAUACUGAACAUUGAAAGCACUGUUCUUUUUUUUUCCCCUCCUUGAAAGAAUCAUUUUUUACAGACAUUGUACUAACACCACAUCCUAGGACCUAUUCAGUGGCAUGUUAGAUUUGAAAAACUCAACAAAAUCUCAGAUAAAUAUAUUGUCAGUGCCAUAAAUCUGCCACCUUAUCGAGCUUGUGUCCCAUAUUACUGCCCAUCAGGAACUGAGAUUAUGUCACCAUUAAUGGCGGCCCCAUUUGGUCAUAUCUCAUCAGGGAAAAAAAUAAUUAGUGGAAUCCCAUGAAGCCUCUAAAAUACCUUAUACUUUAAGUCAAUUCAUUUUAAUCCUAAAAAUUAUUUUUGUGAAAGCAUUUUACAUUUAACUUUUAGAAUUAUAUCCAGUCUACCUUUGGUUUUCUUUGCUGUUGUUUUCAGUGUUAGUUUUGUCCUUCUGUUGGUCAGGGUGUGAAAUGUCUCCCGAAUAGGCAGCUAUGCGCUCCCUGCACGGUGAACUGCAAGACCUUUAAACUAAGGUUUGGUCUAAGGUUGGUAUUUGAGUCUUGUGGACUUUUGGGAAGAAAGUUAAACAUAACUGAAGAACACUUGUCAAAUUGGACGUUUUUCCAUUUAAAAAAAUUAGAGAAAUAGUAUGUCUUUUGAUUUCAUUUAGGUCCAAGCAGUGUUUCCUAUUUCAACUUUCCAGUGGUAACUAGACGAGGUAAGAGAAAAACAGCCAGGGAGAUGAGUCAUCGUUCGUCACUCCAGGAACUCGCCUGUUCUACAAGCUUUUGGAAGGACCUUUAGGAAUUUGAGACCAAAUGAAAAACAGUAUAGAGAUGACCGAUAAAUGGAGAUUAAAGUGACAAAUGGAGAUUAAAGCUGAUGAUAUCGGCAGUUCCGAACAUUUGUGUUAACCAGCUGCAGAAACAGAAUUAUGCUUCUUUGUAUUAAAAAUUGGAAAAGCUGUUGCCUGAUUAUCCAUAAAAUGACAGGAGGGGAACACUUAAGAAUCUGUCCUCAAGAAUAUACAUGCUGCACCACAGAAAUGGAAGACAAGCUGAGCCAGCAAAGCAAACUCGAGUUUGAAAAUCUUGUGGAGGAGACGAGUCAUUUUGUGCGCACCACUUUCGUGUCCAGGCACAAGAAAUUUGAUGAAUUUUUCCGAGAACUCCUGGAGAAUGCAGAAAAAUCACUAAAUGAUAUGUUUGUACGGACCUAUGGAAUGCUAUACAUGCAGAAUUCGGAAGUGUUCCAGGACCUCUUCACAGAGCUGAAAAGAUACUACACCGGGGGCAAUGUGAAUCUGGAGGAGAUGCUCAAUGACUUCUGGGCUCGGCUCCUGGAACGGAUGUUUCAGCUGAUAAACCCACAGUAUCACUUCAGCGAGGACUACCUGGAAUGUGUGAGUAAAUACACAGACCAGCUGAAGCCAUUUGGAGAUGUACCCCGGAAACUAAAAAUUCAGGUCACCCGCGCCUUCAUUGCUGCUCGGACAUUUGUCCAGGGGCUGACUGUGGGCAGAGAAGUUGCAAACCGAGUUUCCAAGGUCAGCCCGACCCCAGGAUGCAUCCGUGCUCUCAUGAAGAUGCUGUACUGUCCAUACUGUCGAGGGCUUCCCACUGUGAGACCUUGCAACAACUACUGCCUCAACGUCAUGAAGGGCUGCCUGGCCAAUCAGGCUGAUCUUGACACAGAGUGGAAUCUGUUUAUAGAUGCAAUGCUCUUGGUGGCAGAGCGACUGGAAGGACCUUUCAACAUUGAGUCAGUCAUGGACCCUAUAGAUGUCAAGAUCUCUGAAGCCAUUAUGAACAUGCAAGAAAACAGCAUACAGGUGUCUGCAAAGGUCUUUCAGGGAUGUGGCCAACCCAAGCCUGCCCCAGCCCUCAGAUCUGCUCGCUCAGCUCCUGAAAAUUUUAAUACACGGUUCAGGCCUUACAAUCCUGAGGAAAGACCAACCACUGCUGCAGGCACGAGCUUGGACCGGCUGGUCACAGACAUAAAAGAGAAACUGAAGCUCUCAAAAAAGGUCUGGUCGGCGUUACCCUAUACCAUCUGCAAGGAUGAGAGCGUGACAGCGGGCACGUCCAACGACGAGGAAUGCUGGAAUGGGCACAGCAAAGCCAGAUACUUGCCUGAGAUCAUGAAUGAUGGGCUGACCAACCAGAUCAACAAUCCUGAGGUGGACGUGGACAUCACGCGGCCGGACACUUUCAUCAGGCAGCAGAUCAUGGCUCUCCGUGUGAUGACCAACAAGCUAAAGAACGCGUACAACGGCAAUGAUGUCAACUUCCAGGACACGAGCGAUGAAUCCAGUGGCAGUGGGAGUGGCAGUGGGUGCAUGGAUGACGUGUGUCCCACAGAGUUCGAGUUUGUCACCACAGAGGCCCCCGCAGUUGAUCCCGACCGGAGAGAAGUAGACUCUUCUGCAGCCCAGCUCGGCUACUCCCUGCUCUCAGGGUCUCUCGUCUGCAUGGCCCUGGCACUGCAGAGACUGUGCAGAUAAUCCUGGGUUUUUGGUCCGGUGAAACUGCAUUUUAGCUAUCUGAACGGCCAACACACUUAUUUCCCUACACUCUUGGACAAUGGACCAUGCCACAAAAACUGACCGUUUUCUAUGAGAAGAGAGCAGUACUGCACUCUGCUUCCCUUUUUGUUUUCCCAACGAGUACCGGGUGCCAGACUGGACUGCUUCCUCUUUCCUUCAGCUAUCUGUGGGAACCUUGUUUAUUCUAGAGAAUUCUUAUUCAAAUCUUUCGUACGAGGAGAUUUUCUUACCUUCAUUUGCUUUUAUGCUGCAGAAGUAAAGGAAUCUCACGUUGUGAGUUUUUUUUCCCAUUAAAAAAAAAAAGGAAAAUAAUUUUUCUUGUAAAAUCAGGCCAAACCCCAAGACAACUGCAUUUUCAGUGAAAAAGCAAACAAGAGAAAAAUAAAAGUUUCAACGCUGUAAGUUCAGCAUUGCUGCCCAACUCCCAGUGUAAGCUUUUCUGUGACAAAUUGAGUUUACAAAAUGCUUACGGGGAGAAGUUCGAAGUUUUUUUUAAUGUAGUGAAAAUACACUGUUGUCUUGGAGGUAUCAUCUUCACUCUAACCACACAAUACCAAACUGAUUUGGAGGUACUGAUACUAAAUUUAAAAUUCCAUCUUUAAUCUGAGAGCAAAAAUUGCUAUGACUCGGCACCUCUCUCUCACCCUGCCCAAUUUCAAUUUUAGUAAUGGCACCAUUUUCCUUAAUUUUCUUAAUGUCUGUCCACUGUAUCCAAUUGGCACAGGUUUUUCCCUUCAUCUUUAGUUACUAGUGGACACUCCCAUCAAUUCGACUCAAGGGUCUGAAGUGAAAAUAAUCCUCAGUGAUAAAAUCUCUUUACUUUAGCCACAGGUUUGACAUUAAUUAGAUAUCUCUGCCCCUGUGCUCAUUACCUUCCCAGAAGAAGAGUUCUUUUAAUGAACUGAUAAACAAUUAGAUCCAUAAGUGAGUUUUCAUUUUUAACUAUUUGCUUUGUAUCAAUUGGUUUCUGCACCACAAGGGCAUUCUCUUACAAAAUAACUCACAACAAAAAAAAGUCAAGACAAAAAAAUAUAUAUAUAGUAUUGACAUGGAGAUUUCUUUCACUUUUUUAGUCUUAGUAUGAUCAUCUAUUUUUAUAUCUAUAUAUAUAUAUAAAUCACAGAUUUUAACUUCUUAAUUCCAAGCUCAGGGUUGACACACCUUUGUAACGAAAAUGUUUUGUCAACCAACUCUUCUUGUUUUGUGCUGCUCAGAGAAGGGAUUCCUCAAUGAUCUGUGAGCACCAAGAAUCAAGAAAGAGAACUUUUUACGUAUCUAACUGUCCAUUUAUUAAAAGUUUGCCCGGGCACACCCUUUUCGCAUGAGCGUGCUUUGUCCUGGGUGCUCCAGACUGUGCCGCGCUCAUGGGGAGAGCCAUGGAUGUGCAGGACUUCACUGGUCAUGGAAACUGUAUGCGUAAAGAAUGUGUUUUCAUGCAAAAACCAUUGCUUUCAUGUACAACGCCUUCAGCCUAGGAUUCCUGCUCAGCACUUGGAUAAAUGUCCUAACUCCAGAGGCCAAUUUAGAGCCACAGCCUAGCUGAUCUGCCAAGGGUGCCAGAGCCAGGCCCUAUGCUCCCCCUAAGAGAGAGAAGCAAAAUAAACCAAACUGGGGCUUUAUGAAUACAGUUGGCUAUCCAUGUGUUUUUUGGUUUUUAUGAUGUAUUGGGGUUGGGAAAAGUAAUAUUUCAGGACACCAUUGUAUGCCAGUCACAUUUUAAUUAACCCAUUGACAGUAAAGACACAUAAAUGGUAUUUUUCGAUCUCCGGUCUCAUCAAAAUUAUGAUUAGUUAUUGAAUAGUCAUCACAUUUAGGUAGAACACAUGCGGCACAAUAGUAUUAAGUAUAUUUGAGCACUUUUGCAAAACUGAAAGUAUUUAGAAGCAUCUAUUGCUAUUUUAUGCCUAAUGAAAUGAAACGUAGGAUUCCAAGAGACUUUGUGGCAUCUUUUCAUUUAAAUCUUUAUGAAAUUAACACUUAAUCUAAUUCAGCAUUGCAUACUUCUAGAAAACCAUCCAUUUCACUGCCAAACUUCAGCUUCUUAUCAUCGAUCACACAUAAAACAUCUCUAUGAAGGACCAAUCAUUAUGUUGCUCAAUUCAUCAUUGUUCAGAAAUCAGUAUUGUCUUUCUCCAAUAAUUAAGGUGCAAUACAAGUCAAAUCAACCUUGAUUUUCCAGAGUAUUUGAGUAAUAACUUGUUUUUAUGGCUUCAAACUCCAAGUAUUUUUUUUUAAUGUUUCUGCAUCGUCUUCUAUAAAAUAGAUCAGAAUGCCUUGUUUUCCCUGUGCUUUCCCCUCUAAAAGGUUUUGUGCAUGUGUAUGAAUACACAUUAUAUUCAUGAAUGUGAACUCAUGUUCUGCACCCACUAAACACACAGAGAGUAUAUAAACGCCUGCUUCAUUUGUUUCAACACCUUCAUUUUCAGUAUUAUUCAUGUUGGUGAAAUAUAGUGAUCCAUAUGAGCCAGGCAGAGAGCUGAAAUGACUAUCAGUUAAUGAUGCCACAAUAUUGCUCACCUGCAUGGAUGUGGUCAAAAUAUUCAAAUUGUACUUGCUGGUUUUUAUCAUCAUCCUACUAUGUUGUGUGAUUUUCAGACUAAUUUGACAUGAGAAUUUUUUUCUUCCCUAAGGGAAUUAGUUUAAUCUAGUUACCCCAUUUCUGUAAGUAUUUUGGACUUCCUCCCCCAAUGCCAAAUUAAUUUCUCUUGUUUCAGUGUAGUUAUAGGGGAUUCAAUGAUGCUCCAUUAUUUUUCCUGACCUUACCUCAUUUGCUUUGACGUCCCCUAAGUUCCGUAAUCACAUCAUAACCUCUGUUAUGAGUAGAGAGGAAUUGGGCUCACUGAAAUCGGAGGCUAGAAAUUGUUGGGGAUGCUCAUAACUGCAAACACUUAGCUUAUUGAAGUGCCUCUAUUUACAUGUUCUUUAGUUAUAAUACGUAUUUUUCUAACAAAAAUACAUGUCUGUAAUUGGUGUAUAUUAUACUUUGUAUAUGUUAUAACAAAAGCUAAACAGAGGCUAAAGUCUUUAGCAGAGAAGAUUGAAUUGCAAAUUUACAAAUUAGCUCUGCUUAUGGUUCUGUAUUGAGGACAGCCAUGACAACCUUUGUUCAUUUUAACGAAGGUCAAGUCCAUACUUUGAUUAUAGCCAUCGCAGAGCAACAUUAGCACUAGCAAUCUGACUCCCUUGCAGUGACUUACCCAGAUAAGUAACUUGUAUUACCUGCUUGAAAUGUAAGGGAUAGAAAAUACUACUUUGUCUACACUGAAAAACACUAUUCUUCAUUGACAAGCAGUAGUAAUUAUAAAAGUAACAUUCUAUAAAUCAAACACAUUGAAAAUAUUAUUGGACACAGAAUCCUGAUAUUUAAUUUAUAUUCCCUGCUGCAGACAUUAGCCUACUUUAAUUCUUUAGCCAUUACAUAUACGUUUUGGCUACACACUGAACACCAACUCAAGUCCCCAAGGAGGAAUAAAAACUUAGCAAAUUCCUGAGUUGUGAUUCUUUUAUUACUUCUCUUUGCAAGGCUAAUUAUCAGGUGGUUUGAUUAAAGGUGGAAGUGUUAGCAAAUGCAAGUUUUGACAUCCAAAACUUUCAGAAAUUCAAAUUCAUUUUCAUUCACUUAUAGUCACUAAUAGACUUGACUUUUAACUUAAAGGGGAGGCGGGGUCUGUUUAGCUUUGCCAACAGAAGAGUAAAGGAGACCAUAACUUAUAAAUUUGCAAUGUGUUCCUCCUUGGUGGAGACAUUAGCCAGUGUUUAGUUUUAGGCCAAGUAAUACAAAUAGAGUAUUGAUUUGUAUGCAUUCUGGAGCCUUGCUAUAUCAUGAUUUGCUAUAGCAUGGGACUCAGCCUAGCAUGGGGCCAUUUGAACCUCAAUCAAAGUUGAAUAGUUACUGGAAUCUUUGACAUUGCCUUGUAAUGAGGUACUUUCAUGAAAGACAUCUAAAGAUGGCAUAAUAGUGAGGUCUCUGUGUGCAUAUGCAUAAUAUAUAUGCAGGACAAAUGUGUGCACCAUCAAACCUAAAAUUUUAUGUGACUGUCAAAUGACUAUUAUUGGAUUAAGAUUUUUCAUUUCUGAUUUGGAUAGAAAAUUGCUAUUAAUCUUGUAUUAAAAUAGUUUUUAAAAAUCUA